AUGGCCGCUUACUGUGUUAUUAUAGGUGAUACGAUACCUCACGUCAUAUCCUCACUAUUUCCGCAUAUUGCCAAUAUACCAAUACUUGAUCUAUUUGUACAGCCUAGCGGUUUGGCCUUAAUAUCGAUGGUUAUAAUUGUACUGUGUAUCGUGGUGAAAGGACCUCUGGUGAAACCGGAACUGCGUGGUAAUGAAAAGGGCAAAUGGGAUUUUGCGCAUCCUCAGUUGUUUCAGGCGAUUGGCGUAAUUAGCUUUGCCUUCGUAUGUCAUCAUAAUUCACUAUUAAUUUUUGAUUCGCUAAAGAAACCUACAUUAAAUCGGUUUGCUACUGUAACUCAUUGGUCGACGGGUAUGUCAAUGCUAGCGUGUAUAUUGAUGGCUUUGUCCGGUUAUUUGGUGUUUACGGAUAAAACGCAGGGAAACAUAUUGAAUAAUUUCCCAGAUAAUGAUCCAAUUGUUAAUGUAGCACGAUUUUGUUUUGGAUUCAAUAUGUUUACCACUCUUCCGCUAGAAGCGUUUGUUUGCCGAGAGGUUAUAGAAAUCUAUUUUUUCAACAAUGAAUCAUUUUCAGAAAAACGUCACCGACUAGUAACAACACUACUAGUCGGCGGCGCAAUGAUAAUUUCAUUAAUCACCAGCGACCUAGGCUUUGUAUUAGAAUUAACUGGUGGAUUUUCCGCCACGGCAUUAGCCUAUAUAUUACCACCGGCAUGUUUCCUUCGACUCACCUCAGGAAAAUGGUGGACACGGAAAAGAUUGCCAGCCGUGCUUUGUAUAAUGUUUGGUGUUUGUGUCAUGUUUUUGAGUACCUUUUUGUCGAUUGCAAAGGCUAUAAAAGGAUAG